GCGGUGAAAAAAAAAAAAAAACAUAUAUUUCAAAUGAAACGAAUGUACAAUGUACAUAUGAACAGCUUUAACAAGUGGAAGAAAUCGAUUUAAAUUCCUUUUUUAAGCGCAAAUUACGUUUCACCUCUUAAGCACAAUUUUAAAUUUAAUAAAAUAUGUACAUUUUAAAACAAUUUAUGCAUUAAUUUAUGCAUACAUAAUAAAAUAACAGCGCUGUACAUAUGUAUAUAAAGAAAAACAGUACAAUAUUAUACCUUUUCCUGCGUAACGCCUUUUUUUUACGCACAUAUACUGUAUAGCUUGUUCCACUUCCACAAAAACUUUCACCAAGUUUCUCACCCCUCCCCCACAUUUUACUUAUUUUCAACAAGCGUUUUCCAAACAUGCCACUCUUUCCAAUCGUUUUGUGGGCCCAGAAAAAGGACUGCCUGUACCUGACCAUAGAGCUCCAGGAUGCGGAGGACACCAAAAUUGACCUGAAAGAAGACAAGUUAUAUUUUUACGGAAAAAAAGACAAAAAUGAAUACGAGUUUACCCUAAACUUUACAAAACCAAUAAAUGUAGAAGAGUCCAAGUACAGCACGAAGAGAAAUAUAAAGUUUAAAAUUAUAAAAAAGGAAAAGGAAAGAUGGAAGACCAUAAAUAACGAUGGCAAGAAGCACUGGGUGAAAUGUGACUGGAACUCCUGGGUUGAUACUGAUGAGGAAAAUAAAACAACCGAGUAUGACGACAUGGCAAUGAAUAGCUUUGGAGGCAUGGGAGGUAUGCCAGAUAUGAGUCAAUUUGGAAACAUGCCAGGAAUGGGAGGUCUUGGAGGUAUGCCAGGUAUGCCUGGAAUGGGCGGUAUGCCAGGAAUGGGCGAUCUAGAUUUUAGUAAGCUAGGAAAUAUGGGUGAUGAUAUGGCCAACUUUUCAGGACUAGGAGGAAUGGACCAGUUUAAGAACAUGCCAAAUAUGAACGGCAUGAACGAUGACGACUCCAGUUCGUAUGGCGAUGACACCAGUGAUGACGAUGAUGAAGUGGAUGACGAGGAGGAAGACGAGGAUGAAGUUGAUAGCAAAAAUGAUGCGGACAAAAUUCACGAGUGCAAGGACGCCAAGUGCAACAUGGAGAAGGAUGGCAGGCAUGACGAAGAGGCCAAAAUUCAGGACCCAAUUGUGGAGGUGCAGGAGCCGGUAGCCUAGUUCAGAAAAGGUUAACAUGUGAAGAGAAGGAAUAAAAGGAAGAAAUGAAAGAAAAGGAAUAGGAAGAAAAGGCAGAAACACAAAACACAUACGCCCACGCACGUGCACUUUUUGCGUGUAAGAGUGUGUACACCUGCGCGUUGCACAUACGACGAACGUGUGUGCGCUCGCGCCUCUGCGUGUAUUUCUGUAGGCAUACUUGCCCGCGUGGAAGAGCCGCUUACAUGCACCCUCGUGUCCGUAUGCUCAUACAUAUGCACAUGCGUGGGUAUGCUCCCGGGAAUGCCCCACCGGAAUGUUGCACUUCUUACCAUGCAGCAGAAAGGAGAAGGAUGAACAAAGCAGUGACAUCUAUUUUUCUACGUACCUAAAAGUGCUACGAAUUUUCGCGUCCUGUACUGUACAUCGUGUGCAUAUAUACGUUUACCUGCGUGCGUACCUACGCGCCGCGUACCCCUAUGCACAAUUCUUAAAAAUUUAUUUUCCAAAAGGAACUUGCUCCUUUUUUUUUCUCAUUUAAAAAAGAAACCAAAGGUCUUUUA